UUAAAAAACGGCUGGCAUUUCGCGUAACCAAAAUGUGAAAUUCUGCUGGCACUUAAAGGGUUAAAGAAAAUGCUGAUGCAAUCAUUUCCCUGUAUAUGAUGGCGAACAGGUACAUUUAUCAAGACAACAACGCCAAAAGCAAGCAGGUGUGUGAACUACUGAAUUGUGUUCAAAGGCAGAUAUGGGAGCCCUGAUAUUAACACCUGACUUUAGAAUGUAUAAAUUUUAAAGGCACUCUUUGCAAACAGGAACCUACCUGUCCCUGAUAUAUUGUGUGCUAACACUGUUUAUGCAACUACGAGCCACACUGAAAAUAAUUAAAUUCAUAGCCGAUAUAAAGACAAAAUAACACAUUUGUGCCUGCAGUGCUAAAUACCAUGCUAUAUUGUGGCACUCACACAGACCUGCAAUUAGGAUGACAAAUUUCUAGGGGCAGCAUGCCACGCAAAUGCCACAUAGUUAUUAAUGGAUACAAGUUUAACUCAAUCAAACUCACAUCUCUAACCAAACCUGAUUACUCCCGGUUCACAACUCAGAAACCAACUCUGGAAUCUCCCACUGCACUGGGAAGGGCAGUAGAUUUGACAGCUGUUUGUAUCCCCCAUACUCACCCAGCCCCCAGGAUGGUUCAUUUCUUUCCUACUAGUAAAUGCAGGAGAGUGUUUUGUGCACUUGCUGCAUACAUUAGACCUUUUGAAAGAUCAAGCUAACAGUAUGUUAUAAUUAAAGGUGUAUAAGGAUUUUGUUAGACACUUCAAUGCUAUGCAAAUUAAUAUUAUUACAUUAACUGUGCCACCAGAUGGCAGUGUUCCCCAUUGAUAAUCUCUGCAGGUGACAGGUGUGUCCCUGAAGGCAGAUAAUGACAAAGUGAAUAACUGGAGGAAUUCCCUACCUAUAACCACGUCAUCUCCUCACCUGCUAAGUAAGGAAAGUGAAAGAUCCUGCUAGUUCCCAGUUAUUCUCUCACCAGUCCUAUUGUAGUCAUCAGAGUCAGACGUACAGAAAAAUAUCCUGCCCUUGCACAAAUGCAUUUUCUCUUCAUUUGAGGCUCUGGGUAUAAAAGAAUAAAGAUGGAAAGCAUUGGGACAAACUGCAGCCCAGAAGCACAGAGGAACCAUCUGAGAGACCAGGUGUGCGGAGUCCUUUCUGAAUACAGAACCUUUAUCAAGAAGCCAUGGCAAUUCCUAUCAGACUGGCCGCCAUGAUGGUCCUGCUGGUGACAGUGACAGCACAUCCACACAGAAGGCACUGCCACAUGUCCAGAUACAGAUCCCUGUCCCCCAGUGAUAUAAGGGCCGUCAGACUUCUACACAAUGAACAUGAGAAAAGUCCUUUCAGCGAUGGGAUAAAAUGUCAGAAGAAAAUGUUUCGCCAUAAGCCGUCUGUGUGUGACCUGAAGGCAAGUGACAAACAGAUUCUGACUCUAGAGAGAGUGACGUUGGCUGUAGAUGUGCUGACAAACAUGACCGAAUCUCCACUGAGUGAAUUUGUUUCCCAACCGCUUGAGUUUUUCCUGAGCCUGGAAGAUGAUCUGAAGCACUGUAGAAAGUCUCCAUUGUACAGUGAUUCUCCCUCCCAAAAGCUGAUGCCUUGGCUGAACCAUCUCAAGCAUUUCAGAGAAAGGGUUUCCUCUCAGUGUGUCAAAGAUGCCGUGUUGCUCAGCCUAAUCCAGCUGCUAAUUGAAGAUGUAAUGUGUUGGGCUAAUAAGGAAUAAUGCCCCGCUCUCUUCAGGAGCAGAGUCGGAAGAAUCCAUAUGGAGAGAUGCUCCCACAAGCUUCCCCUGCUUCACUUGCCUGCACAUACAUAUCAGAACCCAUACACACAGUGGCGGAACUACCGGGGGAGCAAGGGGUGUGAGCGAGCCCCCCGUCAGACCGCGCGCCACUGACAAAUGCGGCCGUUCGGAGGGGGGCGGGCCCGGCUGUGCGUCACGCACCAGGGCCUGCCCUCAUCUAGUGACGCUUCUGCAUACACAGCAGGCACUGGAUCAUUUACUCCUGCUCCAGACUGCAUCACAUAGAGUAAGGACAGUACCCAGCUUCUUACACCUCUGUCUGCACUGAUUGUAACCAUUGGACUGACAAAUGGACUGGAUUAACCUGCAUUUAUUAAAUUAGAGGCUACAUAUUUCUCUAUAUUUAAAGUAAGAGAUAAGAAGAUACCAAGUAUAAUAUUUGUACUCAUAUUUAUUUGUAUUUAUAUUAAUUUAUUAAAUACAGUGUAAACAUAAUAUUCUUAUUUAUAAAUGUAUUGUAUUCUAACUCCCAGGUGGUGAUAUUGCUAUAAGUAUUAUUUUUUUUGGUUUUGGAAAUA